AUGGUCUCCUCGUCGCAAGCCUGGCGCUCCUUCUGGCGUCUGCGCUGGCCGCCGAUCGCUCUCGGGUUUAUGGUGGGAAUGUCUGUGGCACUGCUAUCACGUCGAUGGGAGGCUGAGAUUCUGGAAUCGGGCCGCCAGAGACCACCAAAUGUCUUUCCAGGAGAUCCCAAAAUUCAGCGCGUUGAGAGUGGCAACCCGCCGACGUUCAUCUUGAAGCACAACAGCAAGGCCGGAGGAACCUUCUCUCGCGUGCUGCUCAAAGCCGUUUUCAGAAAUCGAGUACAUCUCCAAUAUAUCGACGACGACAAUGUCUUGCCUCUCAACGCUACAACGUUUCACUUCGUCGCAGUGUUGAUGAGGAAUCCCUGUUCCUGGUACGUGGCUUGGGCCAACGAGUGCCCGACCAAGGCCUAUGACUUCCGCCGUCCUACUUUCGGUCCGAAUCCGUUUCAGCCCAUGGGAUACCUCGAACGGCACACGACGCAGCAGGAGUUUCAGGACUUUGUACUGAACACUCGAUCCCCAGAUGGGAUUGGUGUCAUCGGCUUCUAUUUGUGGCAGUCGAUAAUCGCGCCGGUAUGCCACCUGUGGCACCAGAGGCUGGCCGAGGGCAAGAAAAUGUAUGAAGGAGCAACGCCAGAGAGAUGCAACAACACUGAUCGUAUCCGACAAGAUCUUGCGGCCGCUGAUCCGCGAAAGCUAGCGCACUGCUGGAUCUUUCAGGAGACGUUGAUGGAUGACAUGCGGGAGUGCUUACUUGCUUACGAGCAGCUGAUCCUUCCGGGUGCGAUCGAUUGGGAUUUAUUCAACCAAGCGGCUGCAAACAGAAGUGGCGAGGGACUUUUCUUCGAACGUGCCUGGAGCGUCGCACGCUGGGCGGCACCGUCGCUGCAGAUCCGCCGACACAAGCCCUGUGCAGAGCACUUCCAGGAUCCUGCCAUGACACGAAUCCUACGCGCUGCUGACCCGUUCCUGUUUGAGAAAUUCGGCUAUGGUCAGUGCUGUACACCAAGCUCGCACAGGAUCUGGUAG